AUGCCGUCGGGCUGUCUGAGCUCCGUGCUGCCCUCUGCGGGCGGCACGCCGUUGCUUCUGCUCCCCUGGUUGAGCCAGCUGGCCGCGCGCAGCGGGCGGGAUUUCCCAGGCUGGUUCUUGGAAAGCGCCUUGGCCCUGGAGUUGCGGACGGAAGCGUCCGGCUUCCCCAUUGGGGAAAGAAGAGACCAGAGCACGGAGCGGGAGCUCCGAGGUGCCCUUUCCUCUCCCCGUGCCCGCAUCCCUGGGCCAGGCGGUGUCUGCUCCAUGCGCAUCCUCGCUUGUGCACUGGAACACGCCUCACCUGCCCCGGAGGUCUUCCUCUGUGCCAUUGGGGUGGAGCCCGCCCUGUCUCGCCUCCAGGCCAGGUUGGGCCCGGGUGGGGUUGGGGUGCUCUCGGUCAAGCCCCGGGCCCUGGGUGGCCGGCACACCAGCAAAUUACACGGCUCAGGGUUUGGCUCCGACUUCAAGGGCCAGGGCCCAGCCCCUCAGCGGCCGGGCUAUAAAGGGCUGCGGGGUCUGGCCCAGACCAGCCCUGCAUUGACCUGUGGCAUCAUGGCCGUUACCACCAGCAGCAUCCGCCAGUUCUCCUCCUCGGGCUCCUCCAAGGGGCUGUGCGUGCCCGGUGGAGGCUUCUCCCGGGUGUCCUCCGUCCGGGUCGGGGGCGCCUGCCGGGCCCCCAGCCUCCUGGGAGGGGGCAGCUGCAGCAACAUGUCGGUCACCUCGUCCCGCUUCUUGUCCGGCAUGGGGGGUGGCUAUAGCAGUGGCGGCUAUACCUGCAGCCUGGGUGGGGGCUUCGGCUCCAGCUUGGGUGUGUCGGACACCCUGCUGGGGGGCAGUGAGAAGGAGACCAUGCAGAACCUCAACGACCGCCUGGCCGCCUACCUGGACAAGGUGCGUGCCCUGGAGGAGGCCAACGCCGACCUGGAGGUGAAGAUCCGAGACUGGUACAAGAAGCAGGGCCCGGGGCCCGCCCGCGACUACAGCCACUACUUCAAGAUCAUCGAGGAGCUGCGCAGCAAGAUCCUGGCGGCCACCAUCGACAACGCCAGCCUCGUGUUGCAGAUCGACAAUGCCCGCCUGGCAGCCGACGACUUCCGCACCAAGUACGAGACGGAGCUGAACCUGCGCAUGAGCGUGGAGGCCGACAUCAACGGGCUGCGCCGGGUGCUGGACGAGCUGACGCUGGCCCGCGCCGACCUGGAGAUGCAGAUCGAGAACCUCAAGGAGGAGCUGGCCUACCUCCGCAAGAACCACGAGGAGGAAAUGAACGCCCUCCGUGGCCACGUGGGCGGCGACGUAAACGUGGAGAUGGACGCGGCCCCCGGCGUGGACCUGAGCCGCAUCCUGAACGAGAUGCGCGACCAGUACGAGAAGAUGGCGGAGAAGAACCGCAAGGAUGCCGAGGACUGGUUCUUCAGCAAGACAGAGGAGCUGAACCGCGAGGUGGCCACAAACACGGAGGCCCUGCAGAGCAGCAGGACCGAGAUCACGGAGCUGCGGCGCACCGUGCAGAACCUGGAGAUCGAGCUGCAGUCCCAGCUCAGCAUGAAAUCGUCUCUGGAGGGCAGCCUGGCAGAGACGGAGGCGCGCUACGGGGCGCAGCUGGCGCAGCUGCAGGGCCUCAUCAGCAGCAUCGAGCAGCAGCUGUGCGAGCUGCGCUGCGACAUGGAGCGCCAGAACCACGAGUACCAGGUGCUGCUGGACGUGAAGACGCGGCUGGAGCAGGAGAUCGCCACCUACCGCCGUCUGCUGGAGGGCGAGGAUGCCCACCUGGCCUCCCAGUACUCCUCCUCAUUGGGCUCGCAGUCCUCCCGGGAGGCUGCAGUGACCACCCGCCAGGUGCGCACCAUCAUGGAGGAGGUCCAGGAUGGCAAGGUGGUCUCCUCGCGAGAGCAAGUGCAUCGCUCCACCCACUGA